CUCUUCUUGGGUCCCUCGUGGAAAUUACAUAGAGUCCAAUCGUGAUGACUGCACGGUAUCUUUGAUCUAUGCUGUGCACCUCAAGAAGUCAGGUUAUGUCUUCUUUGAGUACCAGUAUGUCGACAACAACAUCUUCUUUGAGUUCUUUAUUCAAAACGAUCAGUGCCAGGAGAUGGACACCACCGCAGACAAGUGGGUAAAACUCACAGACAAUGGAGAAUGGGGCUCUCAUUCUGUAAUGUUGAAAUCAGGCACCAACAUAUUGUACUGGAGAACCACUGGCAUCCUUAUGGGUUCUAAGGCGGUCAAGCCAGUUUUGGUAAAAAAUAUCACAAUUGAAGGGGUGGCAUAUACAUCAGAAUGCUUCCCGUGCAAGCCAGGCACAUUCAGCAACAAACCAGGUUCGUUUACCUGCCAAGUCUGUCCCAGAAACACCUACUCUGAGAAAGGAGCCAAAGAAUGCAUAAAGUGUGAAGAGCACUCCCAGUUUUCAGAGGAAGGAUCCAGUGAGUGUAUGGAGCGACCUCCCUGUACCACAAAAGACUAUUUCCAGAUCCAUACUCCAUGUGAUGAAGAAGGCAAGACGCAAAUUAUGUACAAGUGGAUAGAGCCCAAAAUCUGCCGGGAGGAUCUCACAGAUGCUAUUAGGUUGCCCCCUUCUGGAGAGAAGAAGGACUGUCCACCUUGCAACCCUGGAUUUUAUAACAAUGGAUCAUCAUCUUGCCAUCCCUGCCCUCCUGGAACAUUUUCGGAUGGAACAAAGGAAUGUAGGCCGUGUCCAGCAGGAAUGGAGCCUGCACUUGGGUUUGAAUAUAAAUGGUGGAAUGUCCUUCCUGGCAACAUGAAAACUUCCUGCUUUAAUGUUGGGAAUUCAAAGUGUGAUGGAAUGAAUG